AUGAACCAUAGAUCAAGAUAUAUUCCUAUUACAGUAUAAUUUAUAGAAAUUAACGUUCAUUUUGGGUUUGGGUUUGGGGUUGGGAUUGGGGUUGGGUUUGGGGUUGGGAUUGAUAAACCAAAAUAAUCAAAUUCAAUAAAGAAACUCUCCAUAUAAACAUUAGAUGAUGAAUAAUUAAUUAAAGAUUUAAAAUAAUUAAUAGAAAAAGAAAAAGAGAAAGAGAAAGUACCAUUUAAUGAAACAAUAAUCAAUGAAAAAAAUAAAGAUUCAAUCUUCUAUAAAGAGAUUUAAUUUCAUUUAGAAUCUUUAAAAUAAUAUGAUUAAUAAGAUAUUUCAUAAUCAUUAGACAUUCUCAAAGGUAUCUCAGGUAUUAAUUUGGUUUAAUUUUUAUAGUUGAAAGAAAAUUAAUUCUUUAGUUAACUGAAACAAUUUAAUAAAUUUAAAAGAGUGGGUAAAAUGAUGAAAAUCAGAAAAAUUAAGUUGGUUUUAUAAAGGAGAUUCAAGAAUUCAUUCAUUAAGCAAUGAAUUAUCAAUUACUUUCAAAUGUAUUCGAUUAGACUAUUUCAAAUUAUUAAUAGAAUGUUCAAACAUUAUAAUAGAUUUCAUAACAUAUUGAAUUAAUAUCAAAAGAUACUAAUAAAUCAAAUUUAUCAGAAUAGAUUAAGGCUUAAUAUUUAAAUUUAAGUAAUAUUUUGAAUGAAUACUCAAAUAUAUUUGAAAAUAAAAAUUCACAAUUGAAAAAGUAUUGCAAUAUUCAAUUAAUGGAAUAAGAAUUAAUCAAAUUAUCAGAAACCAAUAAAUAAAUACAAAUUGAAAGUAAUUUUAUUAUUAUGAUAAAUAGAAAACAAUCAAAUCGAUUCAUUGUAAUAGUCAUAUGAAUAGAAAAUCAUUCAAAUAAAUGAAAUAUUAGAAUCUAAGGAGAAAGAAAAUUAAACAAAAAGGAUAUCAAAAAUAAAGAGAAUCAAGCAAGACUCAAUUAUUAUAAAAUAUAUUAGAUCAAAUUAUGGAUUUUAAACAAUCAAUUAAUAAUUCUUUGGAUAAGAUGUAUUAACAAAUUUAAUAAUAUAUAUUUCCCAUUUAAAAAGAAAAAUAAGAAUUAUAAGAUUAUGAUUAACAAUUCAAUUACUUUGAAGAUUUAAAACAAUUAUCACAAUUAUAUUCUUAAGGAUAAUAGAAAUCAACUAAAUUAGAAGAUGACAAUAAUUUUAUAGAUGAAAUCUAAAGACAAUUUGAAUUAUUAUUCAAUUGUACUGAAUAUUUUUCAACUAUAGAUACAUUUAAGAAUACGAAAGAAACGAUAAAGGAUAUUAUAGAAAAUAAUAUUAUUGAAUUGAUUCCUAUUUAAACAUCUAAAAAUGAAUAUGUAUAUAAAAUAUAUAAAAACUGAAUAGAAAACACCAAGUUUAAGUAGAGUUUGUAACAUUCAUAAAAAGGAAAUUAUAAUGAUUGAUAUGGAUUCAUAGAAAUAGGAAAUGGAAGAUCGAUUUGUAUGUGUUGAUUGUAUUUCUGCGAAUCCAUAAAUAAAAUAUUAUACAAUUGAAGAUGUUAAUAAAUAAUGGAAGGAAUACAAUGAAGAAUCUGACAAAAUAUUAAAAGAGUAUAAAAAGGAGAGCAAAAACAAAAAAUCUGAUUUGAUUAAUUAAGUAAUUCAAAUGAGAACGAAUUAUAAUAAGAAAUUAAAUGAAAUUAGUGAUAAAUUGAUUUCUGAAUAAUUCUUAUGUAAUUAAUUAAAGAUUUAAAAUAAUUAAUAGAAAAAGAAAAAGAGACAGUAUCAUUUAAUUAAACAAUAAUCAAUGAAAAAAAUAAAGAUUCAAUCUUCUAUAAAGAGAUUUAAUUUCAUUUAGAAUCUUUAAAAUAAUAUGAUUAAUAAGACAUUUCCUAAUCAUUAGAAAUUCUCAAAGGUAUCUCAGGUAUUAAUUUGAUUUAAUUUUUAUAGUUGAAAGAAAAUUAAUUCUUUAGUUAACUGAAACAAUUUAAUAAAUUUAAAAGAGUGGAUAAAAUGAUGAAAAUCAGAAAAAUUAAGUUAAUUUUAUAAAGGAGAUUCAAGAAUUCAUUCAUUAAGCAAUGA